UCAAGUUCAAUGGUGUCCCGAGUGAUCCUUCGUGUUGUGUUGUAGUUUCACUUUCUGGUCGGCCCAUUAAUACGCUACCAUUAUUACCAUUAUUGCUGUUGUGAGUCCGAUAAUUAGUGCGAACAAUUAAAGAGCAAAAAUCGCAACCCCACUGGUACAGUUCAACCCUCCUGCGCAACAAAGAAGAAUAGGUGUGUCUAACAAACGAACAAAAAACACACACCAAAACAACCCACCACGGUCGCCGGUGGGCAAAUAGAUCGCGCCCGAUCGGGCAUCGCGAUAAUAUGGAGUGAAAUAUUACACCCAGCGGCUCACGCGAGUGAUAAGAUGAUAAAUUGGUGUGUGCGGCCGCCAUUAUCAUAUGUAAUCCCCGGCGUGGGGAAAACUCGAAUUGGCCGCACCCUUUCCGACGUCUCCGCCAAACGACAGACACACCAGCUGCAGCGUGUCUCAGCACCGCCCAGUCGAUUGGCGAUAAUGGAAAUGGAAAUCGUUCGAUCAGUGCUGCUCACCGUCGUGUAUUAACCCUUGCACCAGUGCAACCAGCGACGGAACUCACCCAGAUAGUGGCCUGUGAACGUAGCGGUGGUGGUGGUGGUGGUGUACUCAACGCCUGUACAAUGUUGUGUGAGCAAGUAGUGAAGUGAAAAGCAACAAGAACGGCAAUAUUUAUCUACCCCCCCGAAGGGUAAGACUGCCCCCCGCCUGGGACUGCAAUCCGGUGGGCCUGGUGUCUUUCCGCGGGAACUUCCGGCUGCUCGCUCGCACGAUAGAUUAAAAAGCACGGAUUUUAUUGCGCAUUCUCUCGCUCGCUGCGCGUGAAGCUGUGUAGUGAAGGGAACAAUAAUUAAGUGAAAUGAUUUUUGCCUGGCAACGGCAACCGAACGGCAGCCCGAACCACCCGAACGGAGGGCAGCAGCAGCAGCAGCACAACCGGUACAAUGUAACCGACCACCGUGGCGUCUGUUUUGCGGUCGUUCAACAGCAGCAGCAGCACCACUGUCGGUGGCACCGGAACGCGUAGAGCACGCCCGAGCGACGCCGACAGCCUCCGGCAAGCUUCCAGAUUUUUUGCCAAAAACAAAGGGGUGUGUGUGUGUGAGUGUUUUUUGUUUGCUACAGAAGCGCACCGCUGUACCAGCUGUUUAAGCCCAAUCCUAGCCAACACAACAACAAAAAAAGCACGGGGAGUCACUAAAUUAGUGGCCACCGAAGCAAAGUAAGCAAACAAAAAAGGGCCCAGUCAAAUAAAAAUAAAGUAGUGUGCGGGGAGUUUGCACAUUACAAGCAUAAGCCGCACCACCGCAGGCAAACAAGAAAUAGUUUAUCCGUACCGGUGCCCAUCCGCCACCUCCUCCUCCCGCCAGCCAGGAGCUGAAGCCAACCAUGAAGUCUGCCAUCCUGUAUCCGUACGGUCCGCUGCGCGCUAAUGGUUGCUGCCGGAUGCUGCACGCCAAACAUUUGGCACUAACGAGCGCCAUCUACACCCUGAACAUUUCCAUCCUGGUUGUGCUGCUGUACUCGUGGCGCAUCAGCGUGAACGUGAAGAAGUACGGCGACCUGGAGGAUGUGUACUACGGCGUGCAGAUAGCGUACUUCGCCAUCAUCGGUACGCAGUGUUCGAUGAUACUGCUCAGCGUGGUGCUUAUUUUCGGCAUCUAUCGGGAGAACAUCGGUCUGGUCGUGCCGUGGAUAAUCGGAUUUAUCACCUUCAUGGCACUGGAAGCGGUCGCAAUGGUCUACUCGAACGUACUGCGCGACCACGUGAACCGGCAGUUCGAUUCGCUCUGCAAGGCGGAGGUGGCGUUCUUCAUAUCGCGCGCCAUCAUCAAUAUAAUGGCGAUGUGGGCGGUGACGCGCUUCUACAACCUGCUGCGCGCCGGCGUUACCUGGAAGGGCCCGGAGCUGAUCGAGCUAUGACACAACUCGAACGAGACGGAAAAGACGCUCGCGUCCUUCCGCGAAGAAACGCGCCUGAUCGUGCGCAUACCGGCGUGCGACGGCGACGCUGCCGAGCUGGGCCGCGACGGUGACGACGGCGGGACGACCGACACGGACGACAAUAUGAUCGGGGAGGGCCGGCGGCCGCCGGCCGCCCUGCCCCAUCAGCGGACCGGUCUGUACCGAUGGCCGGGCGAGGAGGAGGACGAACCGGAGGAGGGCAAGAGUGCGGGCAGUGGUAGCGAGGAGGACGACUCGCUGCUGGUUGCGUACGACAGCAACUCGGUCGCGUCCGUUUGACAAUAUCGCAAGCUCCUGCGGUACGCGGUGGCAGAGCUGCGGCGCCAGGCGGACAGUGCCGUGCUGCUGUUUAUGAUUAUAUUUUUUAUCGAGGUGUACGCGCAGAUAUUUAUAUUUUUCUAGAGAAUGUAGCAACGCUCGUACCGCAGGCGCUGGAGAGAAAUAGAAAGAGGGUGAUUUUGGUCAAUGUGAUCGAGCCGAGGGGGAGGUUCGGCCCUCGAGUCGACUUUGGCGAAGAAAAUGCUUAUUUACUGUGUCAAGUUGCCGAAAGCCGAAACAAAUCCUAGCACAGGAGGAAGGAAG